UACUGGAAUCGUUACCUAGAUGACCCCCUGUAUCAUGUUUACGUUUUCCAGCUCGAACGAUUGAUUUGGGGUUCAGAGUACCCAGACAGCAUGAGAAGUACCAGUAUUAUAGAGAUGAUGUACCUUUUUGAUGGAGUGGGACUAGGUGAUUGAGGAACUCUAUUGUAGACGCCAGAUGUACAUUGAGGAUGUUCCUGAAAAUGUUGUUUUUUAAGUGACAGAACAUUUUAUUGUUGUAAGAUGUGAACGUAGAACAUAACUUUGGAAAUAUGAAAUCAAAUAAUUUGUUUCGAGAUCAGGUGAACUCGGUGACUAAUUUGUUUGAGAAAUGGAGUGAAUGUGAACAGACAGUGGCUCUAUGUACACUGUUUAAACAGAUUUCUCCUACACAAUGCCGAUUCCUGGCUCAAGUGUUGGACCAGACGGACUGUACAGAUAUAAGCCAGACGGAGAAUGAGGCCAAUGAUCCAGGAUAUAUUCACAAAUUGGCCAACAAUGAUUCCAAAGAGUAUACUAUUGGACAGCUCCUAGCUCAUCUUCCACUGCUCCGAACAGGAGAAAAUCAGGCCAAGGUUGAAUAUCUAUCUUUGAUCUCAUCCAUAUUGGGUUACACAAUUCAAAAUGGUACUCAUAUUGAAGAAAGUCGGCAGAUUAUUUCAUAUUCAUUGAUGCAUCCUGCAAUUACAAGUGAUGAACGUUCAGAAUUUACCUUAUGGAUUGGGAAGCUAGAAGAACAGUUCACAUAUAGUAUUCAUCCUCAACAAAAGAAGUCUGUGAAAGAUGAGGAAAGUAUUAGUCAAUCUCUAGGGAACUUGAACUUAAAUUUCAAUGCCACACACAAACCAGUUGAGAGUGGGAGAACAAAUGGCUGGCCUGUACACCCACCGGGAGAUCCCCUUGUCAUCAACACGAUGGACCCAAUGCCUGUCCCGCCUAAUGAUCUCCUCAUCACUCAACAAAAUCUCAUCAAUCAGCGACAACAUCAAGUACCCCCACCUCCACCACCUAACAGUAGUCAAAUAAGCUACAAUCACACUGCCUGCAAGUCACACCAUCCACCUCUCCAGCCAACUAAAUCAGCUCCACCCAACUUCAUAUCAGUGCCUUCUUCACAAUCUUCACUGAACCCUGGUUCACGAGUUCAUCAGCCAUUAGCGAGGACCCCGUCGGUGUCAGUGGUACCUCCUAGCUCCAUCCUAGUGCCAAACCACAUCAAUGACUGGCUACAGUCAAGUGAGGAUCAGUCCUCACAUUCCUCAUCUGAUAGGGGGCGCUCACACUCCAUGACUUCAUCAGACCAUGCUCCACUUUCCCCACAGAGCAGUAUCACAUCCUCUAGUAGCAGUAGUGGCGACACCCAUCAAGAUGAUGGUCCACAGCCAGUCAAAAAUAGCUUUCUGGAGGAAGGCAGUGGAAUGAGGGAUGUACCUUUAUGGUUAAAAACUUUGCGCCUUCACAAAUAUGCCUAUAUCUUCCAACAAUUAACUUAUGAAGAAAUGAUGAACCUGACAGAGGAGUGGUUGGAAUCUCAGGUACAAUGG